GAAGAAUCUAGCAAUGGGCCUUCAGCGACUCAAACAUGACAAGUUCAUCAUCGCAUUCGACGAAUGCAAAAACAUCAAACCUCUGGUUCCGUUUGCCGAACGUGUCGGCACCAGGAUUUUAUCUCCAAUUUAUGGGAUAUCGUUGCUAGCAUUGCAACGGAUGAUCAAAACUCAAGAUCUAUUUGCUAUUCAAGGGUUUGAGUUUUGGUUCCUUUUCCUUGAUUCAAGCUUCACGACUGCCGAGUUCCCUCGAUCUCAUUCACGCAACGAGGUAUCAUCAGCCCGACAUGCUGCUUUCUUACCGCUCCCGCCAUGGCCAUGACAUGAUGGGUCGAAUCGCUAGUGUAUUGGUCAGCCUAUGAUGCAACCAAAUUUCCCAUCUACAUCGAGCAAAACCGCUUGAGGCCACCCCAUCUUAAUCCCAAAAGUGUUUUCCAUGCCCUUACAACACAUUUUGAC